CCUCAGAGUCUCAAGUUUGGCGACCUGUUCUUCAUGAGGUCUCUCACAAGGCAAACAGCACUUUGACAGAGUUGUGCUCUACGUUGAGUUUGCAGCAGGUCAGUCCCAACACGGCGACUGAUGACAAUGGUGACGAAGGAGGUGAUGGUGAUGAUGACGUGCAGCAACGUCUCUGUAUGUGGCUGUCCAAAAACAAAUCUGAACAUAUGAGUCCCUCCCUUUUCCCCCCAACCCUGCAUGAAAAUAAAAUUGCUUGGCUAUAUUUGGAGAGAGCUGAUGUCACAAGUGCUUUGAGCAGAGAGUUUAUAAACUGUGAGAGCCUGACAAACCAUCGAACUGCUCAACAGACAGACGAGGACGAAACGUUACACCCAGGUCGGGAGGGUUGCUGGUGCCAAUCUCCAGCUUUGUUCCAGGAAGUCAUCAGAAACACCAUGUAUCACCUGAGAGUGCCUGUGUUUCUCCUGGCGGCGCUUGUGUUGCUCCGCUGCAUCACAGCCGCUCCAAGUGUCAGGUACUUCAGUCCCGGCUCCUCCUCCGACGAGCAAGAAAAUGCUCAUCCAGACAAGGUGAGCAGGUCACUGCCUGAGCUAACCCCCGAACCGAUCAUCGACGUGAAUGUCGUGCGGCUUCAGAGGGGGCUCACAGCAACGAACAGUCAUCAAUUCCGGAAGAGACAGUGCAACUCAUCCACUUGUGUGACCCAGAGGUUAGCAGACAAGCUGUCCCAACCAGACACAGGAAGCACAACCGUGGACAAGAAUUCCUUCGGCAAGAGGGACAUACCUCAGUCUCCCGCCCAGCUGCCAUAGGGUUACUGGCCCAGAGGAGCCACGACUCCUUUGUACUACAAACUGGGAGAACACCCCAGUGACCUAAUGAUUAUGUGUAACAGUGAAGGAAUGAAUAACGACUCUGGUCAUAAAUCAAAUUGUAAGAUAAUUUUUUUAAAUCAUUUUAUGAGCUUCAAGACUACAGUGCCUUUGAUCUAAGCCAUCUGAAUCCACGUUUUCUUCCAGCUUUGUGAAUCUUGUAAAUCACAGCACUAAUGAAAUGAAGAAAAAUUUUGUUUCUCACAAAAAAUUCUUGCAGGAGAUUUCUGUUUCAGCACAAGAUGCCAAUUAAAUCAAUAAAAGUAUUUCUUCCUCAACAGGUUGGGGUAGAAAACACAGUGAGCA